AUGAACGUGGGCAGACUUACGUGCCUGUUGAAGCUGAGGUGUGUUUUAGGAGCAGUGUGUGGGAUGCAGUGGUACGCCUUUGCUGCUCUGGGCAUCCUGACUGCCAUCCUCAGCUUCCUCAUCGACCUCAGUGUAUCAAAUCUCCUUAGAGCUCACCAGUGGCUUUAUAUAAAACUGGACGGAAACAGACUUCUGCAGUUCUUCUGCUGGACUCUUUACCCAGUUUCCCUCUGUGCUGUUGCGUCAUCAUUCUCCCACAGCAUCUGUCCCUUCUCCACAGGCUCAGGGAUACCAGAAGUAAGAACCAUGCUGACCGGCAUCAAAAUGCCUCAUUAUUUGUCUCUUACUAACAUGUUUGCCAAGUUCCUGGGGCUCAUCUGUACGUUGUCAGCUGGGAGCACUCUUUUCCUGGGCAAAGUGGGUCCAUUUGUGCACCUGUCCACCAUGAUGGGAGACUACCUGAACAAGCUCUGCUCUCUAAUUCAAGGAAAUGAGGAGGAAAGUUCUGCAGGACAAAUGCUGGUUGUAGCUGCAACUGUGGGUGUAGCGAGCUGCUUCGGAGCUCCUGUCAGCGGGGUGCUAUUCGGUAUGGAGGUGAUGUGUCAUCACUUUGACCUAAAACAUUACUGCCCGUGUUUCUUCUCGGCUGUCUGUGGGUCACUAACCUUCCGUCUGCUCUCAGUGUGGAGCGGAGCUGAAGAGACUCUUCAGGUUGUGUUUAAAACAAAUUUUCCAAAUACUUUACCAUUCCUACCCAUUGAAAUUCUGGUGUUUUGCUUUCCUGGGCUGCUGUGUGGAGCCGUAAGCUGCUGCUUUCUCUUUUGCCAUCGCUGGAUCCUGCAAUAAAGAACGAAGCCAGUCAUCAUCAAGAUGCUGACAACACAGAGCGGUCUGUACUCAGGCACAGUCACCUUCCUCCUCGCAUCUCUGACGUUCCCCCACUCUGCUGGUUGGCACAUGGCUUCUCAGUGUACCAUGAAACAGCUGAUCCCCUAUUUACUGGACAGCCAGCAGUGGUGGUCUCAGUCCUACAAUGCCUCGGCACAACUGGAGCAAGAACCUUGUUUGCAAUGCACCUGUGGAAGCACCGUUUAUUUCUCUUUGACUUUCUUUCUGUUCAUGAAGCUGUGGAUGCUGCUCCUUGUCUGCACUCUGCCUCUGCCAGCUGGAUACUUCAUGCCUGUCUUCAUCUAUGGGGCAGCUUUAGGCCGUUUUGUUGGCGAAGGACUGGCUUAUUUGUCUUCAGGACAACGACAAACAUCCAUUAAUCCUGGAGGAUAUGCACUGGCUGGUGCUGCUGCCUUUUCUGGAGCUGUGACACACACUUUGUCUCCGGCUCUCCUGGCUUUGGAGUUGACUGGUCAGUUCAGCCACGCUGCACCCGUCCUCCUUGCGACGCUGCUGGCUAAUGCCAUAGCUCGCUGUAGACACCGCCCAUCUUUUUAUGAUGCCCUCUCUGUCAGCAAAAGGCUCCCACACCUGUUGUCCCUGGUGAAGGUCUGCCCCAGGCUUUAUUGUACACCAGUCGGAGAAGUUGUGAACACUCAGCCAGUGUAUCUUCACAAAGCAGCCAGACCAGUGGAGGUUCAGCAUGCUGUCAACAGCAGCAGUGAAAAGGAAAUCCCUGUGGUCGACUCUCACGAGUCACAAAUCUUACUGGGGUUUGUCCUCCGAUCAGACCUGCUGAUGUUCCUGCGGCGAUGUAAGACCGAGCAUCUGGAGAAGCAUUUGGAGGAGAUUUGCUGUAUUCACCCAACCUUAGUCCUGUUAUCGCCUCACAACACACUUCAGGAGUGGGCGUGGCCUAAACCGGACGUGGGCGUGGUUUAUCCAUAA